UGUCUCUGACCCCGGAACUGAACUGCUUGUUCCUGCCCGAGGCGCAAAACAUGGUGCACCUUCAUCGCCAGUGUUUUUUCACAUCCAUCACUUGGCUGCUCCUUCGCGUCUCUACCGAUGGACUGACACCAGCCGGUGGAGAUGCUACUGAAAGACCUUCCACGACAGGCCCUGUUGCGGCCGCUGACCAGGAAUGAGGUGGUGGGCAUGUUGUUGAGGCUGACCAUCUUUGGCGCAGCGACAUACUACAGCAUCAAAUGGAUUUUAGACGCUAUGGACCCGACCUCCAAACAAAAAAGCCAAGCCAAAAAAAGGGCAGAACAACUAAUGAAGAGGAUUGGUGUUGAGGGAGUCAAACUAACAGAGUAUGAGAUGAACAUUGCAUCUCAUCUCGUUGAUCCCCAGACGAUGACGGUGACCUGGAGAGAUAUAGCAGGUCUGGAUGAGGUUGUCAAUGAACUGCAAGACACUGUCAUCCUGCCAUUUCAGAAAAGGCAUAUUUUAGCUGGAUCCAAACUCUUUCAGCCUCCCAAAGGUGUUUUAUUGUUUGGUCCUCCAGGAUGUGGGAAGACCAUGAUCGCCAAGGCAACGGCUAAAGCCUCAGGAUGCAAGUUUAUUAACCUUCAGGCCUCCACGCUGACCGACAUGUGGUACGGCGAAUCACAGAAGCUGACGGCUGCUGUCUUCUCAUUGGCAAAAAAAAUCCAGCCAUGCAUCAUCUUCAUUGAUGAGAUCGACUCCUUUCUGAGGAACCGUUCCAGCCUUGACCACGAGGCCACAGCCAUGAUGAAGGCCCAGUUCAUGAGCCUAUGGGACGGCUUGGAUACUUCCUCAACCACCCAGGUGAUGGUAAUGGGAGCUACAAACAGGCCGCAGGAUGUGGAUCCGGCCAUUUUGCGCAGGAUGCCCACCACGUUUCAUGUUGGCCUGCCAACUACAAGACAAAGACAGGAUAUCCUGAGGCUGAUUUUAGCAGGGGAAAACCUGAGCAAUGCCAUUAAUCUGAAGGAGAUCGCAGAGAAGACAGAGCGUUACUCUGGCAGUGACCUCAGGGAGCUUUGCCGCGAUGCUGCCAUGUACCGAGUCCGAGACUACGUCCGCAAGGAGCAAAUGAGGCAGAUCGCUCGGCAGAUCCAAGACGGCCCGGAGGAAGAACAACCGUUGGAUGAGGGGCGCUUGCGGCCGGUUACCCAGCUGGACCUCCUUUUCGGCCUCGACAAGAUGAAGGAAUCCAAGCAGGCCACCGUGUUACCCGUCGUGUCAGAGGUACCCCUCGACUAAACACCGUUAUUGGGAAAAUGUUGUUGCUCCACCAACCUGUCACGGGUGCAGUUGAAAUAAAGGUCUGAAAUCAGUCAUACUUUUGUAUAUAAGUGUAUAUAUUCAUGCAGUGUUUUGCUCUGAGCACGCUCACUUUCAGAACGACCCCACGGCAAGUGUACAGUUACAAAACCAAAAUUCAGAAAUCUACUGUCUUCUCAUGACCACUGACUUCCAGCUACUGUCUUACUCCAGGGCCGUCUUACCACCAACGUGAUCAUGAGCAAAUAAAGCUUGAUGACUCAUUGCUCAUGAGUCUUAUGAGUCGGACUAGUAAACCUUGAGGGUUUGCUGCUUUAUUUAAAAUCAAUUCACAAAAGAACUCGCCAUCGCCAUCACAUGGUGUUUUCUUAACCUGAAUUUUGGUAAGAUUUCUUAUUUUUUCCUGGUUGAUGGACCGCAACAUUUUGGAUGUAAAAAAAAAAAGGUGAUGCCAUUCACAUAGUUGAUCAAAUUUUUUAUGUUGUUUGAUCGUAUUUCUUUUUCAUACUCAGAGGGAAUUCAAGCAAUAAGUUCUUGCAGCCAAGACGCCUUUCUUGCUCUGCUAAUAAAUGGAGAACAAAGCAAAUAACAACACACACAUUCAGUAAACUGCCAAAUAGAGAAUAGAAAUCACAGCUGUGAUUACCUGACCUAUAUUACUUAUAGCUGGCAUGUAACCUGAUUCAGACUUCUGCGAUCAGCAUAUUCAUAUAAUAUAGGAAUCGUGCCGUGUGCAUGAUCGUAAACGUGCAAACAAAAUGCUGAAAGUUCCCUGAUCCAACCAUUGAGUCUUCUGUACUUUUAUUUUCGUUUACCUAAAACAGUAAUAGCUGGUAAUUCCUAAUUUACUAUCUCUCCGGAAUAUUUCCAAACGGUUGUUUGUGUCUCAAAGGUUUUUUUUUGUUGUGGUCAGGUCUUUGCUUACUCCCUCUGUAUAAAAAGUAAUUAUUCACUGCGUGGUCGCAGCAUGUGUUCGUGGGUCUCAUGCAGACAUCUUCUCCCAUGCAGUCUGAGUAAGCCCCCCAGGACCACGUGGUGGCGCUGCAGCCUCACAGUCCUGCAGCGGAGACAGACAUAACAGACUGAGAAAUGAAAAGAGCACUUUUAAACGCUUUGAGGUGAGAUAAUGAAAUGUUGACCAUUAACUGCCCGGUAGCCGUUAACGUUAAUGUUUCUUUAUAUUCUCACAACUGGCUUGCUGCAGCUUACAAGUCUUGUUUUUUUGUUUUUUUUAAGUCUGCUAACACUUUCUCAAUGCAAUAUGACUUAUCAAGUAAUUUGAUCAAUUUGACAGUUUCUGAAUUGCUGUUAGUUACUCCGUCGCAUAUGUGUAUGUAAACCAUGUACUGUGAAAUGUAUUUAUUAAAUUACCCCGAAGAAAAUAUAUAUUUAUUUUUUUGCUAAACCAACAUCAUUCACUUCGCUUAUUUCAAUGGGUUUUUUUCUUUGUUCUGUUCUGUAUUGAUUAUAAUAUAUCUUAUUAUUCCCAAAAAUCUAUACAGUUUAACCUGUACGGAUGUUUUUAAAGUUAUUACAUCCAAACCUAUUCAUUUUGUAUAUUCAGGAACUUUCUGAGUGAGUAAGUGUUUGGUGCAUUUGGGCUGCUGCAACUUUAUUCUUGUUCUGCAUGAUCAUAAACUGUUUGUAAAUUCUGUGGCUGUGCCGUUAGAUCCUGUAGCCUUUAGGCAUGCAUUAAUAAGUCAUUGUUGGCCAUAACCAAGCACUUAUGCUUCCCACGCUGUUGCUGGUACCUAACAAAAGCCCCGCAGCUCUAAAAGUCCACUUUUCAGAACUUGCUGACAGCCAAACGGCUUACAAUUAUGGUUUUUAAUGGAUGUCUGGAAAAUUGCACUACGGUCAUGACAUCUGAAUUACCCACUUAUACGGGAUACACAAAAUCAUUAUAAAGAUUUUUCAUUUUUACAUAUAUUUUUUAGGUUUUUCUAUGACCACAGCUAUUUCAUAAUAUCUAGUAGAUGAGCUGUUCAUAUUCAUGUUGAUAUCAUUUUUGAACAGCUUUGUUACUAAAAGGUUUUAAUAAUUUGUUUUUGAUUUCAUGCAGGCAAAUUUAAAAAUGUGGUUAACACUUGUUUUUUUUUUUUCAAAUAUUUUAACCAAACUUGAAUAAUGGCUUAUUGGUUAUCCAUACAACUUUAAUUCAUGUGCAAAUUAUAACUUAUUAAAGAGUGAAACCAU